UCCUUUGCUCCUGUCUCAUCACAUCUAUUUAUACCAUCCAGAGCCCUGGAGCUGCAGCCGUUCUCCCUCAAGCCCCUCCUACGCCGGGCCACGGCUUAUGACUCUCUGGAGCGCUACCGCAAGGCCUACGUGGAUUACAAGACCGUCCUGCAGAUCGACAUCAGCGUACAGGCAGCCAACGACAGUGUCAACAGGAUCACCCGGCAGCUGAUCGAGGAGGAUGGCCCGGAGUGGAGGGAGAAGCUCCCUGAAAUCCCCCUGGUGCCCCUGUCAGCGCAGCAGCACCGCAGAGAGGGGCCGCCCAGUGCCGAGCUCCUGCAGGCCCGGGCCGAGAAGGCAGCCAGAGACGCAGAAAGGAAAGCAGAAGUCCGUUUUACAGCAGUGAAGCAAGAAGGGAACGACUUUGUGAAGAAGGGCCAAUACCAGGACGCACUGGGGAAGUACACUGAAUGCCUUAAGCUGAAGCCAGAGGAGUGUGCUGUCUACACCAACAGGGCCCUGUGCUACUUGAAGUUGGAGAGGUUUACUGAAGCCAAGCAGGACUGUGAUGCAGCUCUCAAAGUGGAUCCGACCAAUAAGAAGGCCUUCUACAGACGAGCCCUGGCUAACAGAGGCCUAAAGGACUAUAUGGCCUGCAGCUCAGACCUGCAGGAGGUCCUGCAGCAGGACCCCAACGUGCAGGAGGCUGAGAAGGAGCUGGAGGAGGUGACGGUGCUGCUCAGACAGAGUCUGGCCAACGUGUCCCCAGCCAAGCCCAGGACGACUGUCCCCAUCACAGAGGUAGAUACACUUGUCUUUUUGUAUUCUCUCCACCGAGGACGCUGCUCUUUCUGCUUGUUGUUGUCCUCUGUUAAAGGGUAACAGUCAGAAAAACUA